AUGGGGCGCAGAAAAUCCAAACGAAAGCCACCCCCCAAGAAGAAGAUGACAGGUACUCUAGAGACGCAGUUCACCUGCCCUUUCUGCAACCACGAGAAGUCCUGUGACGUGAAAAUGGACCGUGCCCGCAACACCGGAGUCAUCUCUUGUACCGUGUGCCUAGAGGAAUUCCAGACACCCAUCACGUAUCUCUCAGAACCUGUGGAUGUGUACAGUGAUUGGAUAGAUGCCUGCGAGGCAGCCAACCAAUAG